CAGUGCACACUGCAGGAUCCAGAGAGGGUUUCAGGAGCUCUGAUCAACGUGGCAAAGCACCUGGGCAACCUGAAGUUCACAGUCUGGGAGAGGAUGAAGGACAUUGUUCAAUACACUCCUGUGACUCUUGAUCCCAACACCGCAAAUCCACAGCUCACCAUAUCCGAGGAUCUGACCAGUAUAGGAUUCAGAGAAGAAACACAGAAGCUUCCUGAUAUCCCUGAGAGAUUUGAUGAGUAUACCAUUGUCUUGGGCUCUAAGAGCUUUAACUCAGGGACUCACUGCUGGGAUGUGGAGGUUGGAGACACUGCUGGUUGGGUCCUAGGUGUGAUGACCGAGUCUUCCCAGAGGAAGGGUAGUGGUUUUGCGAGAAGUGGUGUGUGGGCUAUAGGUUAUGGUGGUGGCAAAUAUACUGCAUAUUCUCCAUCGGAAAAGGAGAUUGUCUUACGUGUAAAUUGGAAACCAAAGAAAAUAAGAGUUAAGCUGGACUGGGAUGAACGAGAGGUGUUAUUUUGUGACCCUGAUGAUAACCAUUCCCUACACAUAUUCACAUCCAGACAUUCCUUCACUGAGCCUCUGAUCCCUCUCUUCAGCUCCCCUUCCAGGAUUGUGCCUUUGGAGACAUAUGUAGCUCUAGAAGAGUUAGAGUCUGUAGAUGGACAGCAAUAUGCAAAGAGCAGGUAUGCCGGAACAAGCAAAAGGGGGAAAAAAUACACAAGGUGGUAA